AUGAAAAAAUUCUAUUUGGUUGCUGAUUUUGUAUCAGGUAGCCAUUUUUUAGGUGGAUAUUCUCUUGGCUUUAGUUCAAAGAAAGGCCAUAUUUGUAGGUUUUGUCUCUUAAAAGGAAAUGAUCUGCAAGUUUUACCUUAUAAAGCAGAAAUUCGCUCUGUUGAACAUUAUAACAAUUGUAUUUUAACUUUAAACGCAAAUCCUCAAGAUCGUUUUUGUUUUGGUAUUACAAAAGAUUCCAUAUUUAAUCAGUUAGAGUCUUAUAGCACUUGUGCUCCAGGUUUACCAGCGUGUCUUGCACAUGAUUUGUUUGAGGGAGUAGUUCAAUAUGAUCUCGCUAUGGCAAUAAAAAAGCUAGUCAAAGAUGGAUGCUUCACUUAUCAGCAUAUAAAUGGCGCUAUAAGAUCAUUUUCUUUUAAAGGCGAUGACAAGGGAGAUCGUCCAGCACUAUUGACUGCUAAAGGUGACAAAUUGAAAGGACAUGCAGUCCAAAAUUGGGUUUGUUUGCGUUUUCUUCCUUUAUUAUUAAUAGGUCGGAUUUUUAAUUAUGAUCACAAUGUGUGUCAGCUUAUACUUUUGCUACGUGAAAUAACAGAACUUAUUUGUGCAGGUAAUAUUUCUUUAUCACAAGUAUCUCUUUUGCAGCAUUUGAUAAAUGAGUACCUGGAGCAAAGAAAAGAAAUAUUUCCAGAUGUCCCUCUUCGUCCGAAACAUCAUUACAUGUACCAUUACCCUUUUUUAAUUAUAAAAUGUGGUCCUCAAAUAAGACUAUGGACGCUAAGAAUGGAAAGUAAACACAUAUUUUUUAAAAGAUCUGCUAGAAGUGCUCAAAACUUUAUAAAUAUCACUAAGCAUUUAGCUGAGUCUCAUCAGCUGUUUCAGUCAUAUGUGUCUAGCGGAAGUUCUUUUUCUAAUAAUAUUGAUGGAGGAUCUGAUGCUUUUUGUUUUGACGAAUCAAUGUUUACAGUCAAAAUAACAGAAGCAAUUGCUAAUAUUAUACUUUCAGAAAAGUUGUGUUCAUUUAAGCUAACCUAUAAAGGAACCACCUAUAUUAGAGAGCAAUUUGUAAUAAUUAGUCGAAAUGAUUCAGUGUUUAUUGUUGGAAAAAUUAUUUUAGCUGUUUUUUCUGAAUCAAAUCAAUCUUUCCUUAAUAAUUAUGUUUCAAUUUAUUUUUGUCAAACACAGUAA